CGGCCGCCGGGCCCGCGGGGCUCUUAAAGGCGCCGCGUCCCCGGGACCGACCUCCCCGGUAACCGGGAUGGAGGCGGCGGCCCCGGCCCCGGGCUGGCGCUGCCGGCCGGGCGGGCGGCUCGACAUGAGCCACGGCUUCGUGCGGCACAUCCGCCGCAACCAGCUCGCCAGGGACGCGUACGACCGCGCCGUGCGGCAGGCGCGGGGCCGGGCGCGCACCCGGCUCACCCCGAACCCGCCCCGGCCCCGCCGGCCCGACCAACAGGUGUACCGGCCCCGGGGCUGCGGGGGUCCCGGGGGCGAUGCCAGCGCGGGGCCCCCCCCCGGCGACCCCCGCGGGGCCCCCCCUGACCCCUCCCGGGGGCCGCGGCUCUUCUGCCUCGAGUACGAGGGGGACGACGGGACCAUCACGGCCGUGAUCGUGCACCAGCAGUGCCGUGCCCCCCCAGGAGGACAGCGCGGAGGAGGUGACGCGCCGGGUGUGCGCCCGCAGCCCCCUGGAGCCCCCCCUGCGCAGGGCCCUGUGCCAGCGCGUGCAGGACGAGCUCAGCAAGCGCCGGGGCACAGGCUGACCCUGCCACCCCCCCCAGGGGACACGGGCACCCCCCCGGGACGGUGCCACCCCCCCAGGGACCGGUGCCACCCCCGCCGGUGUCAAUAAAGGGUCUCCCUCGAGUGGGUCCAGCACGUUUGUUAUUGUAGGGUCUCCAUGAAGAUCAUCCUGCUGGUUUGUUAUUGUAGGGUUUCUCCAAAUAAAUCCUGGUG